AUGGCGACUACUAUAGAAUACCUCAGCCCUAGUAUAAAGGAGGCUGGUAAAACCGAUCAGGCUUUAUUGACCAAUCACAAGCCAGAACCACACGUCGGGGCCAGUCCAUCCGAGUUCAUGACGCUGGCUACGCCCCUCAUUGUAGUUUGCUCCUCGGUUGUGUCCUUCUCUGGUUGGCUGCUUAUCUUCCUCGUAUGCCAUUGGCACACAGAGACAGAGACUAGGCUGAAGCCAGGGUGGUCCAAUGUCUCCUCCCACACACACCGCUACACUCCCUUACCCCAAGAAGAAAGCUGUCCCCAGCUUCUGGUUUGGUUUCCCGCACUGUUGAUUAUUGAUAAAAUAUCCAGUUUGACGCUGCCCGACACCCAACGUCUUGCAGGAUAG